GCAAGUUUAAACGGAAGCAUUGUAUAAUUGAUUGAACACUCGAACUGCUUUAAAACUGCAAAAAUGCUCAAUGGCGGGGUCCGAACACAAAGGGCCAGUCCCUAUAGGCGAAAUGUAAGUCCAGCGAGGAGGACAACCAACCUGGGGACUGAUUUGUCACCUGAGCCGACCAAUAACCGCAUCGAACAGCAACUGUUGCGAGCCCUGGUCCAAAGUCUACCCACUGGUGCGGAAACCAAGAGAUCCCUAUCCUCCUGCCCACCCACAUAUCGUCGUGGCAGGCAAACCAGCAGCUGCCGAUCCAUGGGUACUCCGGAACUAUUGACAACGAAGAUCAAGACCAGGCCACCGGUUAGAUUGCAGGCGGGAAUGCCGGUUACACAAGUUUUGGCAAGUGUUCCACCAAGUUCAAAGACCAUUGGCUUGAGUAAAAAUGCACAGCAGUCUAUGGAGGCAUCGGUGAAGCGUAGAGCUGAAUCUCCAACAGCAAGGGCCAAGGCCAGAAAUGAAGAGUUCGAGAAGACACCAGAGAUGUUAGGUGGAGUGGCUACUGCCAAAGCCCGAGAAGAAGAGUUUGAAAAGAUACCAUCCAAGACAUCAAAGAUAUCUGGGGCAUCACAAGACGAAAGCAGGGUGAAUUCAAAACCGGAAACCCAGGAGAACUCAAGACCGGAAACCCAGGAGAAUUCACAGCCGGAAACCCAGGAGAACUCACAGCCGGAAACCCAGGAGAACUCAAUACCGGAAACCCAGGAGAAUUCCAAACCGGAAACCGAAAAGAAUUCUAAGGAGAAUAGUCAGGAUACUUUAAACAAAAGUUUUCCUGAGAGUGUAGAGGCAAGUAAACCUGAAGAGCCAAAGAAAGCAAAGCCCGUCGAGCAAGUUGAGGUCACCAAACAGCCAGCCAAGGAACAAAAAAUACAGAAACCAACGGAGGUUGCCAGCUCUAAGAAAUAUCCCUGCUUUCGAGGGGAGUAUCCCACACGACAUCGACCUGUUUCGUGUCAGUGGUUCCAGGCCGCAGUUCCCAAUUGCGGCAAUAUCGUGACCAUCUGCGAUGAGGAGCAGCAGGUUAUGGGCGAGGCGGAAUUUGUCACCGCCUGCGAGGUGACCGAGGCUCACUUCCUCAGCAUCGAUUGUCCAAAUGAUAAUAUGAACAAUGCGGUCUCAAAGUGUAACCAAUCUUAUGGUUAUUCGCAGCAGCGGCAAAAUGGAAAUUGUUUUGGGCAGCAACAACCUUGCUUCCAGCAGCAACAACCUUGCUUCCAGCAGCAGCAACCUUGCUUCCAGCAGCAGCAACCUUGCUUCCAGCAACAACAACCUUGCUUCCAGCAACAACCUUGCUUGCAACAAAAACCAUCUUGCUUUCAGCAGCAACAGAGAAAUUUUGUGCGAAAUACACCCAGUUCCAAUGGGCAAGGAAGCCCAAGAAGAAAUUUCAAGCAUGAGGAAAUGAAUCAGCCUAGCAACUUGCCUGUUUACAAUCAACAACAGUCAAUGGAACAACCAAUUCUUCAGCCACAGCAACAACCAGAACAACAGCAGAUGCAACAACCAGAACAACAGCAGAUGCAACCACAACAACAGCAACAGCCAGGGGAACAGCAACCGAUUGAGGAGAAUUUCCUGACCGAAAUGCUGGCCGAGGAGCUCAAGAAGCAGAUGCUGGAGGCACAGGCCCAGAUUGCCCAGGUGCAACUCCAGCUGAACAGUGCCUGUGGGGCCACCAGAGUGCGGCAGAUGCAAGUGCUGACCCAGAAUGGCGCAGAGAUUCCUGGUUGGACCACUGAGAAUCAGUUCGUAGGUCCCUUAGAUGAUGCACUGAACGAGGGAUAUGCUUUACCCGAGGAAGUUAAGGAAAACGGUGAAGAGGAUUACCCGCGGUUUUCCACGCAGUCAGAGCCUAAAUAUCCAACAGGGAUUCCCCAUCCCUUGCCAUUGGACCCUCAGACCAGAUCCCAGGCGGAACCAAUGCCGUUUGGCCUAUAUCCAGUGCCCCUAACGAUGCCAAAUCAAAAUACUUAUAUUCAGCCAGAGUUUCAGCAAUUUCCUGCCCAACUGCAACAGCCACCGACUUUUCUGCCUCAAGAAAUGAGUCCUUGUCAGCAAAGUCAACAAAUGGGUCCCGGUCAGCAGAACCAACUAAUAUCUCCUUGUCAGCAGCACUAUCAAGUACCUCCUUGUCAGCAGAUUCCACAAAUGCCUCCUUGUCAGCAGCAGUGUAGGAAACCUCCUUUUCCGCCACAAAAGCCGCCUCCUUGUCAGCAGAAGCCACAAAGAUUAUUCCACCAGCAACAGCAACAACAGCAGCAGCAACCUGCGCGAUCUAGUCAAUCAACCCAACUGAAUAAGUGUCCUUUUGCCCCACAAUUUUGUCCCAGUUGUUGUUGCCAGCGAUAUGCCCAAAUGCGAUUCAUGAUGCCGCGAUGUUGGCCACGCUAACAAUUUGAGCCCUCUAAAAUUUGUAGUGUAACUUACCUUGAGCAGACCAAAUUAUUGUCUUUUCAAGGUCAGAUAUCCUACAAACAGAGGUCUCAUCAAAAAUUUAAUUGUGCAAUUCUUCCGUUUAAAAUUGAGGAAAAAAGAAGUCAAUGACGAAUAA